UUUAAGAGUUGUGCGGAUCUGUAGUAAUCUUCUACCGACGAAAAUUUCAGCUUUCUCCCUUUUUGAUUAUAUGUCUCUCUGAUAGAAACAGACAUGGGAGUUCCCAAGUUUUACAGAUGGGUUAGUGAGCGAUACCCAUGCAUAAGUCAAGUUGUUCAAGAACAUCAGGUACAACUGCAAUGUGCAAUAGCACUCCGUCUCACUGUGUCAGAUAUUUGUGAUAAAGGAUGUGUUAAGUUUUUAUCUCUGUCUUGUUUAAUUUCAGAUACCCGACUUUGAUAAUAUGUACUUGGACAUGAAUGGAAUCAUUCAUCCCUGCUCGCAUCCUAAUGACGAUGAUCCUCACUUCAGAAAAAGUGAAGAAGAAAUAUUCGCUGACAUAUUUCAUUACAUCGAAGUGAGAAGUGUUAAAGUCUGAUCUAAUAGUAAUUUGUCGAUCUUGUUGUUAUUGUGGUCAGGCAGUUGAAAUUUUCAGGUUUCUUAACCCUUUUUGUGGGCUUUUAUGCCAUAUAGACGACAAAUCCGAUGUAGAUGAACUUUUUCAUUGUUCAAGAACCAGAAAGUACAAAAGUUAUAUCACUAAAUAAGAAGAAGUAGGUAAUACUGUAAAAUUACAUGUAUAGAUCGACAGUAACACUGAUUAAAUCACCUCCAGAUAAGUAUUUACUGAGGCACUGCUAUGUUGUACAGCAUAAUCAUAUGAUCUUGUUUUUGGCAAAGGGGCUUUCCUGGUGCUCAAUAUAUGUGUAAUGUCAGAGUUCUAAAUUGAGAUGUUAUCAGUGUUCCCUCUUAUUUUGAACACAGCAGGUAAAUUGUAUGUUCAAACAGGAAGAGGAAUCCUUUUACCUGUGGAAGUUUCAAGAAUAUCCAAGCACAUUGCAUUGAAAAUAAAUAUUCAGUACAAAAAUUAUAUAGCAUGUCAUUGUAAGGCUAGUACUUCAGGAAAGGGUACUUAUUAAAAGGCAAAUGUUUGGACUGCAUGAAGUGUUACUAGCUUAGCUCCCUUGGGCAAGUGCUAUGAUGAAGGAUAUACUGGCCCUGUAAAGAAAUGAUUGUUGAUAUAAGUUUGGUUCACAAUUCUAUGAUACAAAUUAUUUUAACCAAGCAAAGUUUGUUCUGCUGUAUAAUGUUUUGUUUAGGUGCUGUUCCAGAUUAUUAAACCCAAGAGAGUUUUCUUCAUGGCUGUUGAUGGUGUGGCCCCUCGAGCAAAAAUGAAUCAGCAAAGAGGACGUCGUUUUCGGUAAUUUUCAAAUCUUUAAGUAACACUAUAUGCUUCAAAUUUUUUCCUAUUCAGAUUUAAUUCUUCUUUGGAACCACUUGGUGGGAGGUUGUUCUUUUUAUUUCAUUUUGUUCCCUUGAAUUUCACAGGUCUGUAUACCUGUCUUUUAUGUAUACAUGUUUGUACAUAGUACAUGUAUGUUGGCAAAUUUGCCAGUUAUUUGAUCAGCUAAAGUUUUUUUUCUCUGGUUUAAACUGCAGGUCUGCUAAAGAAGCAGAACAAAACAUUCGUAAAGCUUUGGAAAAGGGCCAAGUUCUACCAAAAGAAGAAAGAUUUGAUUCUAAUUGUAUUACUCCUGGUAUGUGCUUGUAAUCAUGUAUAUUGUGGCUUAAAUAGUCUUUCAUGCGUGAUUAUGAGUUGUGAAAUAAAUUCAGUAUUCUGUUUUUACACCAAUUUUUUGAUAAGUGAAUGUUAACACUUUUUUGAUAAACAUUUAACUUGUGUGUUUAUUUGGGUUUUUUUUCUAACAAGAAUAUAGAUUUAUAGCUUGUCUUAUUCAACUGUUGUGUGUAUGGUGUUUUUUCUUUUUUAGGUACUCCUUUCAUGGUAAGACUCCAUGAACAAUUGAAGUUUUUUGUCAGCUAUAAGAUUUCUACUGAUCCUGCUUGGCAAGGAUUAAGAGUAUAUCUGUCUGGACACGAGGUAUUUAUCACCUAAGUUUCAUUAAACUGUAUUUUUUCUUGACUGGUCAAUAAAUGGUACCUGUGGUGCCUUUCAGUAAUAUAUUGUUGCUGUAUAGCCUUGCAUCAGCUCUUUAGGUAAUUAUUAUUGUGUCUUAAUUUUUUAUGCUUAUCCUCAAGCUGUGUAAAACAGGUCAUUUGAUACUCAUUGGAACAUUAAUUAUCCUUUUCAGACACCUGGUGAGGGUGAGCACAAAAUCAUGGACUUCAUCAGGUCUGAGAGAGUGUGCCCUGAUUAUGAUCCCAACACAAGGCAUUGUUUAUAUGGCUUAGAUGCUGAUUUGGUGAGAUACAAGCUGAAACUAAGUUAAACAGUUUAUUGAAAGUUCUGAUUGCCUCUUAAAAGAUGUCAAGCAGUAAUUAUACCAAUCUAUAGAUUUAGUUAAAGUGCCUUCAACCCUCCCAAUUUUUCUUUUUUUUUCUUUUUGACAAAGUAAAUCUCCUUUUUUUAUUGUAGCAUCUAUUUCAGUUAUUUGUUUAUGAAUUUUCAGAGAUCCCAAAUGAAUUUUUAAUAUCAUAAUUGGAGUGGCUCUUGAAAUAUUGCUCUAGUACAAUUAGUUGGUUUUGAAUUAAAUGUCAUUCCACUAUCACUGUGUUUUUGAGGGUGGGAAAAGCAAAUGAUACUGUAUUAUGUUAAAAAAGGUAAUAGUUUCUCCUGUGUGUUAUUUUCUUUGCUUUGGACUGACCUUUCUCUUCUAGUAGAAUUGACUUCAGAGAUAUACCUGAGGUAUUUGUCCAAAAUUUCAUCUGAGUAUCCUCUAUUCUUCAAGCAUAUUUUGAAAAUCUGUACUAAAUGUGGAGCAUGAUAAAUUUGUUCUUGGAAAGCAUAGUACUUUUCCUUUUACAAAUCUUUUCUUUACGCCUGGAGGAUGAUGCCAAUAAAAUCUUGUGUAUACAGGUCUUCAUCUUUUUUUAAUGCAUUUGUAUGUCAAGGGUUGAUUCCCUGUAAAUCUCUUGCUUCCACACAGGUUUGUGUCUGGGAAUCUAAUUUGAGCAGAUUUAUGAGUGGCGGAUUUGUUCAUCUGUCAGUUGUUCAUUUGACAGGUUCCUGAUGUGCUGUUUACGUGACUCAAUAUUUUAUCCUUCUACUUCUGUCUCUGUUUUAUUUUACAAUUUUUAACUGCCAGUUUUAUUUGGGUCAUGUUUCACCCUUGGCUUUCUUUUUCUGAGGAGGCACAGAUUGUACACAUACAAGAGUCAACUUCUCUACUGCCUGUUUGUGCUCUCAAAUUUCCGAGAAGCUCGUCUAUCCCAUGGCUAAUUUGUCUACAACACUUGCUCUUAAAUGGAUUAGAUCUAUGGCUACUGAUUCUAGGUUGAAAAUUCUAUUACAGUUUUUUGCCCACUCAACUCUUCCGAGCUUUGUUGUAAGUCACCAGUGCUCCCACAAGGUCACAGUCUGCUGUCUUUCUAAUCAAGCUUAGAUAUUUGAUUUAAACUCUUCAUUGAUGGCAACAUGUGCCCUCACAUUGUAUCUUACGCUUUUUGAGCUUGUACCCCUCUUGAGAUGAGCUUUUAAGAGUCCAACAGAAUUAGGAGAUGAACUUUAUUUGUUUGUCUCACGAUGGAGUCACUUUGGAUGUUGAUUGCAACAUUUCUACUGCAAUACUGCUAGUCUUCAUCAGGCAAUAAGGUUGAUUGUUUAUGUGUCGCUGUUUGUAGCAUAUUGGUUUGCUGCUAUUGUUGCAUUUCAAUCCUCAUUAUCAUUCCAGUUGUUAGAUGGUGUUCCUUCAUAAGUCCUCAUUGAUUGGCUGUUGUGUUGUUUGAUUGUGGGUAUCCAAGCUUCAGGAAUUUUUAUAUCUUUGACCCUAGGUGUAUAACAGUGGGGGUCAUGAUCAAUAAACUUAACUUGCUCCAAAUAGGAAUAUACCCCAUUUUGUUCACAUGCUCUGAAACCACAGAGGUCUGAGUACGAGCAAACCAUAUGUCUCUGUCAUGUUCUUUUUUCCUUUCUCACAUUGAUCUCCUUAUUUCACCAAUAUACACUUUAUACAUGCAAAUGGGAUCUUGUAAACGACACCUUGUUUUGUUGGUUCCAGGGCCUCUUCAGGUUGUACUAGGUCUACAACAAAGAUGUUUGUCUGUCAGUGUACUACAGAGGCUUUUGAAAAUUUGUCACUCAGUAGUUUUGGAUGUGACAGACUUGCCCUUGUCAUAAAGUACUGUUGACUUGGGAGCACAUUCUUUUCCAGUCCUCUCUAAGAAUCCAUGAUUUUAAACCUCAGUAAAAUCAAACCAGGCCAAGACAUUACACCCAUUAUAUGUUGGUCAAACUGUCCAGCUAAGGUAUCAUUAUAUACAUGUAUCAAAUACAAUGCCAAAGAUGGUUACUGGAUCCUUUCACAAGAUUGUCAUGCUCAUGUAAUGAAACACAUUUAGUAGAGUUUUACUGCAAGGAAUCAAUCAUUAAUUGAAUGCAUUUUGAUUAAUUGUUUCAACUUUCAUUUUUCUUGGAGACAUUGUUUGGGAACAACAUUCGUAUUUGUGUAAAGUUGCAGUAAGAAUGAGCAGUGCAUUAAAGCUAAUACUCUUUUUGAAAGAAAGAUUAGCAGCUUUAUUUAUUCUUUACCAGAUUAUGCUUGGGCUCUCCUCACAUGAACCUCAUUUUGCCUUGCUGCGAGAGGAAGUAAAAUUUGGAAAGGCAUCAAAAAGGUUAGCUAAAUUUAAUCAUUUGAUCUAAUAGUCAAAUGAAAGUGUGCUUAUUUGGAACCUGUUUUUUUGUUGCAUGACCCCCCUGAAACUUUUUGUUGUGUAGUCCAACUGUGAUGAAUAUUACUUACAAUUACCCCUGACAUCUUUUGGGGAAUAAUAAUUUAUGAUGAUCCAUUUUCCUUCAAAUUACUUUGCGAGGUGUUACAGAGUCUACUUGUAAACUUGUAUAAGGUCAUGAAUUGCUGAGUUUUUUUGACAAGUUUAGAAAAGCAUAAUUGAAAAUGUUAUCCUUUCACAUGUUUGAUGGCACUUAUUGUUUCAUUAUUUCUUGGUUGUUAAGGUUGACUCCAUGAUUAAGGAAACUGUUGAAGAGCGUUUAGUCUCACUAAGAGAGUGAUCUGUUUAUUUUCAUUCUUCCUGUUCUUAGUGAAUGUGCAGCACCUGUUUCCACUUUAAAACCCCUUGCCAGUUGUUGAUGUUGAACAUUUGUCCUAGUAUGGUCCUCACUUGCAAUUUUAGAAACAACUGAUUUGUUUGCUUUAUUCUUAUACUAUUGAUUAAACUUAAUUUACCCUUACACUAAGGAUCAGACAUGUUGCAUUCUCUGUCUUGUUGUUUUUUGCCUUUUUUUUCUUGGCAGAAUUACAAGGCCUGAAAAGAUUACUUUCCAUCUUCUUCAAUUAUCUUUGUUCAGAGAAUACCUUGACUGGGAAUUCAAUGAAUUAAAGGUGACAAAAGAGUAUGUCAAAACUUUUAGAUAAAAGAUCGUUUGACACUGUUUGAUCAUGUGGAGAGCCAAAGAGCAUGAGAGCAGAAGAUUUACAUUUAGGGAACAAAGAAAAAAAGAUUGUUUAAAGAGUGUGCAAUUGAGAGAAAGACGGUAGAUUAAAAUAAAAUAGCAGAGACAAGGAAAGAAAUUGAGAGAGAAAAUUUAUUUAGUGGUAAGAGAAAAAAUUAUUCAGUGGUACUCUAUGCGCAAGGUAACUUUAUGAUUAAAAUAAGUGAUAUGAACUUUCAUCAUUGAUAUCACCUGGUAAAUUGCUCCAUUUAAUUGCCCCCCUUUUAAAAGUGCAGUCUACACUAGAGCUUUCAUCAGCUUUCCCUGACAGUUUGUCUGUACCAAUUUAUACUCCUGGAUGAAGAUAUGGACAGUGAGAUGAAAGUGUCUUGCCCAGGAACACAACACAAUGACCAUGCUACUACUCAAAACCAAAUCUCUAUACUUGGAGUUUGUACUGUUAAGCCACCCCAUCUCCACAAUAGCACUCCAAUACCUACUUUCAAAGGAAAUACUGCUAUUUUACUGUGAACUUUAUUUGGUAUGUACUGUGUAUUUUUGAUACUCAGUAGUAUACUUGUGCACCACAAGAGGGUAUUUCUUCACUUGCUAUGAAAAAAGUUGCAAAAUAUGUAACUAUAUAUGGUUACAGUUGUGAUUACUAUUUAUUUCACAGGAUAAAUUGCUGCAUCCCUAUGACCUGGAAAAAAUCAUUGAUGAUUGGAUUCUUAUGGGAUUUCUUGUUGGAAAUGACUUUAUUCCUCACUUGCCAAAUCUUCAUAUUAAUCAUGUGAGUUGGGAGUUUCACACUUAGAGACAAUAACUAUUGCAUUUGAUACACUGUAUGUGCGAAUGUUAUUCCAAUUUGUUUCAUUUUUAGUUAAAUUAAAGAGAUGGAGUGUCAAAUCUUUUACUUUUCAAGCUAGAAGUAUGAGCUUUGAAGUGUCCAUUAUUAUUUUUUACCGAAUGAAUUUAGAGUUUUACAGUUCUAGUGGCACUAUGUUUUUUUAUGCCUUUGUAUUAAAUGGAUACAAAAUUGUGCAUAUACUUUCUCCUUUCCCUCUGUCUUGGAUGGUUGCUGCUCUUUUGGAUUUAUCACCAUGUGGUCAUGGUCUGUGGGGUUGUAGCAAUAUUAUUUUGUAGCUCUAUAUAUUUGCUAUGGUUGGUCAUACUGAUUCAUCAAACUGAUCACAGAUAUUUUUUUGAUUCUGCCACGCAUACACAAAAAUUAACUCAUACUCGUAAGAAUAAUUUGAGUUAAUGUUUAAAUAAAAAGAGGUAAAGAGACUGGAAAAAGACCAGAAAGCAUUUGAUACUGAACAGUGUAUAUGACUGUGUGAUUUAUCUUCUCUUAUCUAAGAAAUUUAAAGGACAGUCUAGCAUUUGUACCAAAAGAGGAUGUUUACAGGAGUGUUUUCUCACCACAAUAGGUUGUUGGUGAUUAAUAAACCAAACCAGGCAUGUAAGGACAGCAGUAUUGGUCCACUGGAGUUGAAUUUGCUUUUGUCCCUAUGAUUAAGGAUUGUUGAGCUAGAUGAAGUGAUUUGCACUGACUCACCAACAUUCAAGUUGUCAAGGAGAGCAAUACUAUCUUGUUGGUUUAGGUGGCUUAUAAGGCUCUCUCUUGCUCCCCCCAAAAGGUUGAAUGUCUUGUGUUGCCUUUACACAAUUGUUUCAUUGUGACAAUUAUUUACAUGUGAACAAGAAUGCCAUUUUCUUGUGUCAUUUCUUAAUAGGAUGCUUUGCCCUACCUUUACAGAGUUUACAUUGAUCUUAUGCCUUCACUUGAUGGUAAAGUAUUGUCAGCAAUAAAAUUUGUUUCAAGCACAUGUAUCUUACCAUUAGUCUCUUACUAUUUGCAUAUAAGUGGAAUACUUAUGAAGAAGAUAUUUUCAUGUACAGUUUACAUUAAUUGAUGUUUGCUUUUUGGAAUGAUAUUUUUUAUGAAAUAUUUUACAUAGAAUCAAUAGGUUUUUACAUAAUUGUAUUAAGUUCAGUUCUGUGUGUUUACACUGUGUGAUGUACAGUGCACAUGUACAUCUACUCUUAGUUAAACACUCCUUUUUUAAAAACAUCAAAAGUUUGAAAAGAUUAGAAUAUUCUGCAAAAUUAGAACAAAACUGUAGAACUAUACCUAUGGUAGUAUGGUACAGUGGGCCUAUUAUUUUACCAAAUUCUCUAGAGACAUAAAUGGCAGUUCACUUUGCUUAUUUACAUGAGCGUUCACUUUCCAGAAUCAAAGCUUUUAGUUCUUUAUGCUGUUUAAUUUGUUUGAUGUGUUGGGGCAAACAAGGUAUUGAAGGUGGCAUUUGAAAUUGAAUGAAGGAGGAAUUCAACCUAAACCAUGAAUUUGAAGAGGUCUUUUUGAAAUAUGAGGUGACUCUUGUAAUCAGCAUGAUCUGUUAGUUAAUCACCUGAUCUUGUGAAUUCCUGGAGAUUUUCAUAGUCACUGCGUGGACAAACUCUUAAAUGUUCUCUCAGAAGGAGCAAAAUUAACAGUGUUGCUGUCAUCAAAAUCAAUAUUGAGAAACAACCUAUUUGUACUAUGUAUGAACAUUAGUACAUCUUUCAGAAGAAAGGACUAGUUGCUGUAUUGUCAGUAGGGUUUUAGUCAGAGCUCAGUCACAUUUUAUUGGUGAAGGUGUGUGAGAUCCCUAUUUUUGGAAUGAAAAUUGAACUUUUAGCUAUUAAUUCUGCACUUGAAUUAGAAAAUAGAUGACUCUAAGGGAUAAAUUUUGAAGUAAUAUUUUUUCCAUCAAAGUUUAUGGAAAGAAGCCUUGACUAUUCUCUGAUUUAUUACAACUCACUUAGCCAUAUUUAGAGCACUUUGUUAUGUGCUUCUUUUACAGUCCUUCUGCUCUCUAUUUGCUCUCUUUGAGCUCUGCAACAGAAUGGAGCACAGAUGAAGCUUGUUUGAUUGUCAACUAAAAUAUCAUUAAAUGAUCAUCAAUAUUAUUUCACUAAGGUUAUCUUCAUGACAGUGGAAAGCUUGUAUUACCCAGGUUUGAGAAGUAUCUUGAAGCUUUGUCAAAGGUUUGUUUAACUUUUAACUUUUUCUUUAUUAUUUUAACAAUGUAAGAGAAUGUUUGUAAACCUCUUGAGUUUGGAGAGCCUAAGGAUUAGUUUGAAAAGUGUAUUCAACCAUAACCUAGGUUAGCCUUUACUUGGAUUAGAAUAGUGAUGGUGAAGCAUGUGUAUGGUGAUUUCUUUGAUAUCACAAACAAAACAUUGAUGCACUGGUUUCAAUGAACUGGAUCAAAUCUAAAUUAAAGGUGUUUUAAUAUUACACAGUGACUGUAAUUCAUAUGAUAGUGUAACACAACAAAUAAAAACUUGGAAAGAAUCCACCAGCAGAGUUUACAGUAAUUGUUCUUCAGUUUGGAGUUGGGAGCUUUUUUUAGAAUUGUAGAUCACAACAAUAAAGUAAUGCUUCCAAUUUGUCCUGUUACCUACUAUUGUGAGGCUUAUGGAAUAAUAGUGAAGUGGGAAUACUAGUGAAUAAUAGUGAAUGGUGAAUUAAUUACUUUUAUCUCAGUUUGAUAGAGAACAUUUUGAAGAAAAGUUUGUCGACAUGAAAUGGUUUGAAAGUAAGAAGGGCUUUACAUUUGGAAAUAACCCUACGGAUUUUGAGGUACUUGUACUAAUACUUUGUCUUUCCAUUGUAAAAUUUUAAUUCUUAACUCUCUUUGUGAAGAAGCUGAGACUUAAUUAACUAGAUGUCUCACCUUGAUUAAAUGCGCAAUCUGGUCAACCCUAGCUUUUUCUGUAAUGAUGACACAUGCACAUGCUGUUACUACAUUUUUGUUAAAGAAUCAGAUCUUGGGAUUUAAAUUCAAUUUGUUAUACACACUGUUAUGGAUUCAAGAGUUAUGUCCAUUUAAACAUCACAACUAUGAGAAAAUGAUUCAAUUUAUAAAGAUUUCUUUAAGUUUUGGGUAGUGAGUAUUUUCUCUGUCUAGACAGUCCAGUUUAAGAAAAACACGGGUAACUCUUGUUUUGUGGAACACUAUUGUUUGAGACUGUGAUAUUGUGUGUUGUCUGUAAUACAGUGGUGUCUGUUAAGUGUUAUGGAAAACAAAUUCAAGGUUUUAGACAUGUACAAUUAAUUUAGAGUCAAACAGAACUUUGAUUUUUCUGGUACUUGAGUUGUUUAGUUUAAGAAAAGAAAAUUUCAUCUACACCAGUCCUGUAGUAACACAAAAUGUAUUAAAAUAUAUUAAAGUUCACAUGGCAACAAGGUGGACAAUCAGACAUAGUUUGAUGCUACUCUGGUUUGCAGAUUUAAUGAAUGUAACUGAAGAAGUUACAAUUCAUAGACCCAACAUUUCAACACUCCUGUCUAGUGCCUUCAUCAGGGGUGAUCUAAAUGCUGCAACAAGAGGUCCUUUUAUAUGAUCACUAAUUAGCGGCAUUUUUUCUGACGAGGUGUAAAUAGGCAUCAGGAAGCAAACUGCCAUCGUCACAAUUUAAAGGAGCAUGGGCGGAGUUAAUAUGCCAAGCCUCCAAACAAAGGCACUGGUGGUAACGCCGAUUAGUGGUGAUAAUUUUAGAAUUAUCCCAACCUAUUGUAUGGUUGGUUAGGCAUGAAUGCUCCGAUAAAGCUGAAUUUUCCUUUUUGCAAAGAAAAACCGCUUUUUGGUGCUCUUUUAACCGUGUACCAAACUGACGUUUGGUCUGUACAAUGUAUUCGUUGUCACAGUCAUUGCAAGGAAUAGAAUAAAUGGUGUCGGUUUGUUCUUCUUUCAUGAAAGGAUCCUUAGGUUUGGCGAAAAUAUGCCCCAAAGUCUGAAAAGGUUUUUGAGCAACUUUAAUGUUGUGGCUAUUCAAAAUUCUCUUGAUGGGUUCAGUAACACCUUGUAUGUAAGGAAUAACAGCAAAACCAGUCGCUGGUUCCCUUUCAUCAAGAGCAUUACUAUUUGUAACUGGUUUCUGGCAGUUACGGAGAAAAGUUUUUGUAUAGCCAUUUGCCUUAAGGACAUUGGAAACAUAUUUCCUCUCCUAAGCCUUCGAAUCAAGUGAAGAUGGUAGACAGUCAGCCAUCCUGAGUAAAGUUUUGGCUACAGACUUUUUAUGGCAAAUAGGGUGGUGAGAAUUGAAAGCGAGGUAUUUGUCAGAAGAAGGGUUCAGGAUAAUUUAGAGACAAGUGUCUAUCGUAAACCUACCCAAACCUAAGGAUCCUGUCACGAAAGAACAACAAACUGACGCCAUUUAUUCUAUUCCUUGCAAUGACUGUGACAACAAAUACAUCGGACAGACCAAACGUCAGUUUGGUACACAGUUAAAAGAGCACCAAAAAGCGGUUUUUCUUUGCAAAAAGGAAAAUUCAGCUUUAUUGAAGCAUACAUGCCUAACCAACCAUACAAUUAGGUGGGAUAAUUCUAAAUUAUCACCACUAAUCAGCAUUACCACCAGCGCCUUUGUUUGGAGGCUUAGCAUAUUAACUCCACCCACGCUCCUUUAAGUUGUGACAAUGGCCAUUUGCUUCCUGACACCUAUUUACACCUCAUCAAUAAAAAGGCUGCUUAUUAGUGAUCAUAUAAAAGGACCUCUUGUUGCAGCGUUUAGAUCACCCCUGAUGAAGGCACUAGACAGAAGUGUCAAAACGUUGGGUCUAUGAAUUGUAACUUCUUCAGUUACAUUCAUUAAAUCUGCAAACCAGAGUAGCAUCAAACUAUGACAAAAUGUUUUUUUUUCUUUAAAUCUUUUUUGGCUUUUACAAUUACAGACAGAUGAAUCUGUGCUACCUUUAGACAACAGUUUUGCUGCUUUAGAGUUCAUGCCUGAGGAAUCUGUUACCUCAAAGGGAAAACAGACAAAGGUGAAGCUGAAUCCAGAAAUUGAAAAACUUGCUGCAAAGUUUGAUGAAGAACAAAGUGAUGAGGAUGAAGAUGUCUUUGAGACUGAAUUUGCUAUGCACAAAAGGGAUUACUACAUACAAAAGUUUGGAUAUGAAGAAGUAAACAGGUAUAGACCAUAUUAUAGACCAUUGAACCAUUUCACAUAACAAGGCCGUUUUCACCUGUUGGACUUUUAUCUAGUUGGACCAUUUCUACCUAUUAGACCAUAAUUUAUACCAUUCUCACUGUUAUAACCAUUAAAUCAAGUAAGACCAUCUUAGCCAGCUGGACCAUUCUUCUAGUUUGACCACUUAAACUGCUUGGAUCAAUUUAACCAGUUGGACCAUUUUUUACGGUGUGACCAUUUUCCACUGGUUGGACCCUUUAUCUAGUUAGACCAUCUUAUGCAUUUGGACCAUUUUAUCCUCUUGGAGUAGUUGAAUCUAGAUGAGCCAUAUUAAUUGGUCGAAUGGUAAUUUUAUACAUACAAGCACUUGGACUUUUUAAAGCGGUUGGACCAUUUUAUUUAGGAACAUUAUGUUACCAAUUUGACCAUUUUCUCUAAUUAGUCCACUUCUAUCAGUUAGACCAGCUUAUCUAAUUACCCUAUUUUAAUUGGUUGGACCAUUUUAACUACUUAGACGGUUUUCACCCAUAGUCAUUUUAUGUAGUGGGACCAUUUUAACCGGUUGGGUCAUUUAAAUAAGCUGGACCAUUUUUCUAGUUAGACUUACUUAACCAAUUGGGUCAUUUAAACCUGUUGGACUCUUUUGUACAUGUAGCUAGACCAUUUUAACCAAUAAUGCCAUUUAUUUGGACCAGAUGGUCCUAGAUAGACCAAGUUGAGCCAUUUUUAUGUGUGUUUUUAUUUUUAUAACUUCAAGCUCUCAAUGGAAGUUCAAAAGUGGGUGACUGUACACAGCACUACACUGGGUUGAAAAUUCUUCAAAUUUAGAUGAUAUGAUCUAAAUCUUUCAUGGUAUUCCAGUCACUAAAUAAAACUUUUCUCUGUAGCACAAUGAUGGUGUGGGGUUUUCUCCUGCUAACAUCUAAUGACAAAUCUUUAUCAGGUUUCUGCCUUGAAACAAUAUACCUCAGAAAGCAAUUAUGUGAACACAAGUGUUUUGACUGAAAGCAUGAUGCAGUGAAUUCAACAAAUUUUCUUGUAUCUCAGAAAAGCACAGGAAAAGUACUGCUGCCCAAUCUAGCAGCCAAUGUUUGCAUAAGAUAAUUGAAUUUAAUAAAUUAGGCAAAAACUUUUACUGUUCCCACAUUCUUUUUCACAUCAUUUGUGCAUUACACUACUAGAAUGGACUCAAAAUUCUCUCCACUUCAACAAGAUUCACAUGUUAGUUAAGGGGAAAAAUAAUUUCCCAGCAAUGAACCCAGUGACCAGAUUGAUUCAAAUAUACUUGGCUCAAUCACCCACCUCAUCACUCUUUCAUAAUAUAUUUUCUGUGUUAAGUGGCUCACAGACACUUUGAUGUUUAGUUGGACCAUUUUUAUUAGUCAAUUGAACAAUUUUAUUUAGACCAUUGUAAGCGGUUAGACCAUUUCAAUCAGUUGGGCUAUUUUAACUAGUAUGGUCAUUUUAACUAGUUGCCCCAUUUUUCUUGGUAGGCCAUUUUAACCGAUAAGGCCAUCUUGAUUUGAUGGACCAAUUUCCACCAAUUCAACAAUUUUGUACCAGCUGGAGCAUUUCCUCUAGUUAGACUGUUUUAACCAGUCAGAGCACUUUUUUCUAGUAAGAGCAUUCUGAUGGAUUAAACCAUUUUUCUGGUUUCACCAUUUAACCAGUUGGACUUCAGUUGCUUAAUACUAAUAGUUUGGAUUGUUUUCACUGGUUGGACUAUUUUAAACACUUGGACCAUUUAGUUGGAAUAGGUGGAGUUAGUUAGACCAAUUUAACCACGUGGACCAUUUUAACUAGUUGGUUCAUUUUAAGUAUUUAGACCAUUUUAAGUGGUUGGAGCAUUUUUUUAGUGAGACCAUCUUAUGAUUUUUGGCUUUUUCUGUGUACUGUAGGUAGACCAUUUUAACUGGUUAAUGCUUUUGUAGUAAGUUGACUAUUGUAAUCCAUUGGGUUAAGCUAGUUGGACCAUUUUAUCUAGUUACCCCACUUGAACAAAUUUAAAGAGGGUAGCACUUAUCAGCCAAAAGGCUAAUAAACUUCUGGCCCUUACACAAUAUAUACAUUUAUCAUUUAGUAAAAUAUGGAAAUAAGGACAAAUAAAUGAGUAUAUUUUUGUGCCAAAUGGAGGCUUUUGUGUUUAGUAUCCUUCAAAAUACUAUUUUUGCAAUAGACAGGGAAAAAAUGUUCCUGAGCACCUUACCACAUAAUAUGUGCAAUUUUCAGUGUUCUCCAUUACGACUUUGAGUACAAACAAACAUGUCUCCUCUAUAACAACUGCAAAAACCUCUUUCAUCUUGCAUUAGAUUUUAAAGGAACUGAAGACUAAUCAUGGCUCAUGAAUGGUUUAAAAAGUGGGGAAUAUCACAUGUUUUGUUUCGGGGAUAUUAGGUCAUAUUAUGCAUUUAGAGCAAUUGCAUGAAUGCAAAAAUAUUUGAUGGAUUGUGAUUGGUGAUAGUUAAAAAAGACUUGUAUAUGUUCAUGUAUGAAGCAGCAUCUGUCUAACAUUCACCCUUCACCCUUAGAAUGCUAAAAUAGACCAGUGGCCAUAUGCGUGUUAUUGACUUUUUGCACAACUUAAUUCAGACUAAAUUAAUUUUACAGAGAUGUCCUUGCGGAGCUAACCUACCAGUAUGUGACAGGAAUUCAGUGGAUUCUUUCAUACUAUUUCAAUGGAGUACCAUCAUGGAGUUGGUAUGAUGAUUAUAAUGAUCAAACAAUUUUUUUUUCAAUUUUGUUUUGAAAUAUUCCAUUUUACAGUUGUGUGCUUGGUUGCCAAGCCUUUGAAUAGGAGUGAGGCCAAGGGUGACCUUGUUAUGAUACAAACCUUGCUGCUUUUCAAAUGUAAAUUACUUUGUUAUCAUGUUAACUAGAUACUGGUCUCUAUCACAACAAGGUCACCUUCAGCCUCACUCCAAAUCAAAGGCUUGGCAACUAAGUGCAUAACUGUAAGAUGGCCUAUUCUUGUAGAAAAUUGUGUGAAGAAAGUCUGUGAAAAUAGUCUUAGCUUGCAGAAUGUGAAAACAUUUUGUUGAAGCCACCUCCCCCCCCUGUUUUGAUAGGGAUUUGAUCCUGCUGAAAUUGGUUUAUUUGGGAGUGAUGUACACCAAACUUUUUUCAAAAUUUUUGCAUGUAUAGACACUAGAUAAGUGGAGCCACCUUGCGAUCUCCACUGCUAAGUGCAAUUUACUAUCUGACCAUUCCUGCUAACUUGGCUGACUGACAAAUCAAUAAAUUAAGCAAGUUACUUGCUACCCAUCCACUUCCUGCUGUCUUUAGUAGAAAAACUUAGUAACAACAUAUACUAAGGAAUCAAUCUUUGGCUCUUUUUUUAGGUUUUUUCCUUUCCAUUAUGCUCCAUACAUGUCAGACAUAAGACAUUUUAGCAGCCUAGAAAUCAAGUUUGAACUGGGAACUCCUUUUCUCCCCUUUGAACAACUACUGGCUGUGUUACCAGCUGCUAGCAGGCAGCUACUCCCAAAGCCUUUCCAGGUAAGAAUAUAUCAACCUUUGUUUGUGGAUAUGUUGGUAAUUUUUAACACACACAAAGUGCAACUACCAGGCAAGGUUGUUCACCACCAAUAUUGUCUUCUUGUGUUUCUUUCAAACAAAACUUGUCUUUUUUGGCAACUGUGGUGAGGCAUCAAUUCCUUCAAUAAUCUUAUCUGCAUAUUUCAUCAGCUAUGAAGAUGGCUUUGUGAGUUCGCCUUUUCUUACAUAACUUUGAAUUAACAUUGGCAAUUCAUUGAGAGUGAAAGAUAUUUCUUAAUUGACAUGUUCAAGAGAAGAUGGCAUGGAAGUCUCUUUAGCUGGAAUAAAAUAAUAGACUUUAGUGUUCUUUACAUGACAACUGGUUGAGAAUUUGGAUUUUUGGUGACAGGAUCUCAUCAAUAUGUUGUGAGUGGUUAAUGAUAUUUAAAAAUAGUCUUUUUCAUCCACACCUUAAAAAUGCAAAACGUGUUUUUCCAUUGUUUCUUCAAAGUGUUUUCAGUUUUUAACUAUUGAAGAAAUGAUUUUGGAUAAAUUUUGUCUACCUGUACUGUGAUACCCAAACAUACCCAGUACCUUGCAGUUUGAGCAAACAAAAACUUUACCAAAAUGUUACAACUAGUUCCUGGCAAAAUCAAAAUAUAUUAAGUUAAUGAAGGCUGAGGAUAGAAGUGUUUGUGUAUUUUGUUCUCUUGGUUCUAGACCAUUCAAAGUUGGAGAAAUGGAAUUUCAAUUUUUGUUGGGAAGGAGCUUUGGUUUGAAGUACUGAGAGUUUCAAAGACUCAAGAAGGCAAAAUAUAGUGUAAUAUUGGAACAACAUCAGUUUCUUGCAACAGCAAAUCCAAGGGGGGGAAAAGUGAGGUCCAAAGGUAGCAGGAGUUUUGAAAAACAGAGUGUUCCAAAAAUCAUGAUUCAACUUAAUGAUUUGCAAGCCAUUAAGCACUAAAGGAUUUGUUGUAAUGGAAUGUGUUGUGUUUUGUUUAUUGGGAAUGUCAAUGUUCGCAGAUCUGAGGGAUGUUGAGAUACAAAGGAAACAAAAUGAACUGUUUCUCAAGGGACCUAUCUUUAAGUGAUUUAGUACCACAAGACAAUAGAGGAUGCAAUAUGAAAAUAAAUAAAAAAUGCAUUAAUUAAUUACAUGUAUUUAAUUGAAUUGAGUGCAAAAUACUGCAGUUAUAAAAUAUACUACAUCACCUUCAAGCCACCUUCAAGCCACCUUCGCACCACUUUCAAUCAUGCUUUGAUCUGGGUAACAGUGCUUGAUGACAUAAAUUUUACAUUAUUAGAUGUUAUGUAACCUCAUUUAACCAUUGAGAGCAUGGGUUGUAGUUACAUGUAGAGGGGAAACAAUUCCAACCUCAAAAAAAAAUCUAUUAUCAUUUUCCACAGAACUUGAUGAUCAUGGAACAGUCCGAUAUUAUUGAUUAUUAUCCUGUAAAUUUCAAGACUGAUUUGAAUGGUAAACAGCAAGAAUGGGAAGCUGUGGUGCUCAUUCCUUUCAUUGAUGAGGUCAGUAUGAGUAGCAAGGUUGGAAUGCACUAAGUAACGAGACAGGUCUUUGUGACUAGUUGCUCUGUGUGAGCUGCUUCUUAAACAAGUCACUGCAACAUCUUGCAAGGUUACAAGUUACCUCACCAAUUUGCCUUGCAUGACAAUUUUUUUGAAAAAUUAAUCUUUGUCCUUUAUAGAGAAUUUUUUUGCUUGUAUCAGGGCAUGAAUUUAAUUCAGUUUGAAUUGUGUAACUGCAACAACAAAAUUAGUUCAGCAACAAAUUUCUGUUUAAGGGACAAAGAUUUUCCCCAAAACUUAAGGUAAUUGUGAGUUAAUUUAAUCAAGAUGGUGGCCACAGGUGUGAGGCUAGUGCUCUGCACUCUUUUGCUACAACUGUAUUUACUUUAAAUUUGCUAUUUAGCCAGAUACAUUUUGAUAUUAUCCAUUUUGUAGAGAACAAUACAUGGGUGCACAUAGAUAUAGAAUUUCUCUUCAAGUGUUUAACUCAAUAGCUCACGGGUGAGCCCAGCAAAUGAUUGAGAUGUUGUGUUGAACACGAGAAGAGAAAUUUCAUAUCUAUAAGCAACCAUGUAUUAUUUUGUUUAUCUUAUAGAAAAAUAGCCCUUUACUGACAAGAAAAACCGCCUUUACUGAUAAAACAGUAGGCGUAAUUUUCAAUAUACAAAAUUCUCAGUUAUUGAAUUGGACCUUACUGACAGGAGAAAUCUUUCAGGUACAUGGCUAAAAUAGGCCUGUGGCAAAUCUUUCAGUUGUCAAUUUUCUUUCUCAGCUGCAAGAAAUGCCAUUACCAAAGCCACUGAAUAUGUAACUUUCAAUUUUUCUUUUCGUAUAUUGGUUUUCUUCCCCUUCUAGGAAAGUUUGAAUGUCACUGUCUGUAAGCAAUAUGGAUUUUUCAGCGUUUUAGCAGCCAUAAUCCAAAAAUAUUCUAACAAACAAUCUUGGAUUGAGAAUGGUGAAGGUUUUGUUGUUCAUUCAUCACUUGACCAAGUGGCAUGAAAGAUGAGUGACAUGUCAGCAACUGAUUGGCAAUAUCAAACACAUGAGAAAAAAAUUCCAUAUUUUUCCACAUGUUGCUGCAGCUUUUCUCAGGGCUGGGAGUCCUUUUAUAACACUGUAGUUUAUACUAUAAAAUUGUAGUAUUAGUUACUUGAUAGUGAGUGCUUUAUGUGGUUUUGAUGCAGGGUUGUAGAUAAGAGCCGGCAGCCGGCGAAGUACACCGGCUUCUCUGCAAGGUUUCGCCGGCUACUUUCAUUGCUUCGAGAGCCCAUACAAUGAUGAUGUUAAUCAGGUCUAAACUUGGGCUCAAUAAGAAUAUAAAUUUGCACUGCCUAUUUUUUCUGAAAACAUAAAAAGACUUCUGACCCACGGUUAGUUUAAAAACGUUCUGAUGGGGACUGUCUUUUUGACAAAUCUCGUUGCGGUGGCAGGAAAGUACGAACGAUAUGACGUUUUGUCCGCCAUAUUGGAUUUCGAGAUAUGAAUACAUAAUUAUGCGAGCAGGAAACUGGGAAAGAGCAGUUUCGAGACCACUCCAGACCCACAGCCGGUUACCUUUAAAAAAGCUCCGGCUACUUAAAACCUUAAAGAAAACCCUGUGAUGCCAAGUCUUAUCCUAGUUGUAAAGAUGCUCUCAGAAGAUUCUGUUGUGUAUGCACAACAUUUCCUGUUGAUACAGAAUGCUGAUGUUUCUUUGUUUUCACAGUUUUUUUUUUCAUUCCAUGAAGGCUAACUAUUAGAAAUCCCAUUACUAUUAACAGGAAAGGCUUCUAGAUGCUAUGGCACCUUUGUAUUCAAGAUUAACUAAGGAGGAAGUUUCACGCAACAAGCAUGGUCCUUGCCUUCUCUACACAUAUGAUUCAAGCCUAACAUUUGUUUACCAUUCUUCGAUGCCCAGAAAAUUUUCUGAUAUUUCCUGUUGUCAUGCAAGGUAACACUUACAUUGUUUCACAGUUUUUGUUUAAAUAUUAGCUUUCUAGCCCUCUAGGAGCCAAUUCUUUUCAUCUGUGAUAACAAUAAUAAUAUUAUUUAUCCAGGGAGCUCACAUCACUGAAUAGUUAAAGAUAUUAAAAUUGAAAAGUAUGGUAUUAAAAUGUUGAAAAAAAUAACAGGAUAGAAACAAGUUAAAACAUGUGGUCUUCAAGGCUUACGAAAGAAGUGAAAAUGACCUAAAAAAAAUUCAAGUGACCUUAUAGUUAUAAGUAUAACAGACGACAAGUCAGUAUACUAUUGGGCAUUAGAAACAGAGUAACUGCCAAAGUUACAGCAGAAAAAUAAAUGAAUGAACACGAACAGAGCUGACACAGCUGACAGAAAACACAACUGUAGAUUUACAUGGUGUUGUAACAGUUAUUACAUGGUACCCAUGAGACAUUGGAAGCUAUUCCUAAAGAAUCUUGGACAAUAGUGCUUCUUUCAGUGACAUCUGCAAAAACUAGAAAUGUUAGCUUGUACAGCUGAGAUAUUGCACUUGAUGACAAAAAGAGAAUAAGAGAAAGAGGAUAGGAACUGCAUUGUAACCAACAUCCUGUGCUCCUUGAGGAAGAUCAUGUGAGCAAUUAUCAAUUUCUUUCAUUAUUUCUGUUGAAAGUUACUGCUUAGGCUAUUUUCUAUGCAGCUAGAGCUGAGAAUUUUAUUAGUCUAAAACGUUUUUGCUUUUGGGUGUAAUUUUCUGAGAGCAAUAAAUUUAAGCUGUUAAACUCCAAAGCUUUUGAAAUAAUCUUCAUUUUCAAGGACUUUGAAAAAACAGCUUUGUUUACUAAAGAAUUCCAAACUUUCAAUGUGGAAGCAAGUUCCACAGUUAUCCAGAUAUAGGAAUCCUUUCAGAUAUUAAUCUUUCUAAUUAUUAAUCUUUUCAUUUCCAAUCUUUUCAGUGUCAGCUCUAUGUGUCUUUAUUUUUGUUUGAAGACAAACUUACAGUCUGGUUUUUAAGGAAACGUUCACUGGGGAAAAAAUUGUCAAAUUGUCAAAAAUUAUCUUUAAAUGGGAAUGGGAAUAAAUGGGAAUUAAGAAUGUAGCCUAAAAUUCGGAAACAGAUAUUGAAAAGGAGUCAAAUUUGCUGUCAUGUUUGAUUGCGUGACAUUAGCAGUGCCUUUUUCUUUUUUGUACAUUUUAGUUCUUGCUUCCCAAUUUUCCAAAUAAUCUUCAUACAUGUAAUGUAAGAGAUUCUUCUCAGUGUACUGGCAAUAUCUUCAACUGGUGGAACUGAUUUUGCUCGGUUACAUUUCCAGAAAUGUAGGGAAAUAUAACUGUAAGUGCAAUUUGGGGGUGUUUCUUUUUCAGAGCCCUAAAUGAUGUUGAGUCAUCGUAAUAUUAUUCUCUCACCUUUUCUCCCCAUAAAAUAAAAUAGUACAUGUAUAGGCAAAAGUAGGUAGGCAAAAGCUUUUUUUACUUCAUAAAGAGAAUGCCUGCAAGGCAUGUUAUUACAGCUAUACAUUCAUUUAGGCUGUGUAUGUGUAGGAUAUCUUGCUUUAUUUUAUCUCUCAGUUAACACAUGUGAUAUGACUGAUCAAUUUUACUGUAGGGCCCCCUAAAGUGGAAAGUUUGUCAAAUUUAAAUCUUCCCCUUCUAUUUGAGUCUGGAGAUAAAGUGAAUAUCUCACUAACCUUGUCUUCUUGAUCUAUACUGGAAGUUGUAGAACCUCAUUUUUUCAGCUUAGAUUUAUGGCCCUCAUACUUCAUGCCUGAGCCAUAAAUAACAAUGAAAAAAACUUAGACUGAUAAAUUAUGAGGUACUUGCUGGAGUUUGCCCUUUUUAAUGAUUUGCUGUAAAUAGAUCAAACCAGAGGAGCCACUCUUGCAAUGAAUUACAUUACAAACAUUACAAGUCAGUGCAAUUCUGUAGGUAAAACUGGCACAUUUAUUUUUUACCACAUUUAACAUGCAGGUGGGAAGUGCUUGAUAAAGAUGUCUUCCAUGUUGCAGUGAAACACAUGCAGCAAGGUAAAAUUUCCUAUAUCCAAAGUUAUUUUAACUCAAGUGAAGCCACUAAAUACAAACUACAUUAUCUGACUGAUUUUUCUUAAUUUUCAUGGUUGAAAGUUCUAGUUUUGCGGAGAAGUAUUUUGACAAUUUGUAGUAGUAAUGAUUGUAUUUUAAAGUCUUAUAUUAUUUAUAAACCUUUCUAUAGACAUUUUCAAGCUUUAGAAGGUUUUAGCAUCAACUCAAUUUCAGCUUUCACUCAUACAUAUGUUGGUGAAGCAAGUAUUGGUAUGAAGAAUUUGCAGGCUUCACCUGGUAAAUCCUUUCCACUAAGCACACUUACCAUAAAGAAUAGAAUCUCCAUAAGUUUUCUGUUACAGCUACAUUCAACAGCUUUUUUACUUAAAUUAUCACCCAAGCUAGAUAAGUAAACCUGUGAAGACAUACUUUAAAUAUUACUAGACAUAGAACCUAUUGAUCUUCUACUUUUAUUGAAACAUUAUGCUGUUAAAAUAUGUACAGUUCUCUUCAAACCAAACUUGAAAUGUUCUGUAGUUUUUGAGGUUGAAAGUAAUUAUAAUUAUCAAAAACAAAAUUUGUUAUAAUUCAUUGUACAGAAUACCCCGGUGAUAAAAUGUUAUUAGUUUUUUCACAAUGCAAGUGUAGUCACUUCCAAGGUGGAUUACCACUGUGCUGCAUGGUCCUCUUCAGGUGAUGAGGUCAACUGUUACAUAUCACCUUGCAAGGCACCAUGGCCUAUGGUGAUGUGCUGGUUAUCUGAACCAGAAUAGGCUUCUGGGGGAAGGGAAGGGGUUUGUUUGUGCUAAAAUAGAGCUGCAUAUCAGUUUUACAUGCUAUACAGAAGGAGGAUUUUGAUAUAAUUUAAUUUUGGCAACUAUUAUAUAAAUUGUCUAUCUUUGGCAACUGAAUUUUCCAUCCUUACUCCAUCUCUCUUUGUAUAUUAACUUUCCUGCCCACUUCUUAAUGCUUCAGGUCUCUGUGAAGGGGUUAAACUUGAUGUGUAUUAUCCUGGAUUUCCCACUUUGUAUCAUGUUCCACACAAGGUGAGAUAAGAAACAUGCAAACAUGUGCAUCCAUAGAAUUAUAUUAGUAUGUAUUAAACUGAUAGCAGUUCAACCAGAGGGCUUUGGCUAGAGAUUACUUGGCUGGCUGUUUUUUCUUUGCCCUAUUGGAAUCUGUAGCAGUACUGCAUCCCAAAAUCUUUUUGAUGUCUUAAAACUGCAUUUCAAAUUGUAUGUCUCUACUGUUUAUAAUCUUGCAACAACAAACAGAAUUGAAUAGAAUUUAAAUAGUCUCAAAAUUGAAUAGUUUCAGGGAAGUGGGCUGUUGAAAAAGUUGUGCUUUUUAUGUACAUGUAAACAAAACAUGUGGCUGAUAAGAAUUCGCUUUUGAAGGCACAACUCAAGAAGGCAGGUGUAAAGGUUUUUCAGAUGCACAGCAAGAGUCACAGUAUGAUUUUAAAUAUCAUGGAACCCCAAGAAAAGGUACACAGAUUGAAGUAACUAUCGUGUUAAAGAGUCUUAACUUGUAGUAGUAAUCAGAUGUGUAGAUUGUCUGAGAGGAAAGGUGUUAACAACAGAAUAGAAUGUAAUUAUCUCAAUAUAUGAACUAGAAUAUGUGUAAAAGUUGUCACAUUUGUAAAGUAGGUUAUUUUUUUGUUGGCAUACAAUCUUUUUAUUUCCAUGGUAUAUAUGGGAUUGUGGGGAAUGUUUUAGACAAAUUGCAAUAAGGAAUUAUGUCUGAAUAACUUCCCCGUGCAUAGUCUUACAAUUAUCACUAAAUUGCAUUCUUCUACCUUUAGGUUUUGUCAUUAAGAAUAGCUGAGGACUUUCUUGGUAAAACUUGCUAUGUGGGCUGGCCUCACAUGGUGGAAGCUCUUGUAGUUGGUGUUUGUGAUGGCAUUAAAAGGUACAUGUAUUAAAUAACAUAAUUUACCCCACAGGGUUUUGGUGUUAAUUAUGACUUGGCAAGCAACACCCUCCUGGUACCCUGUGCAUUCAAACUUCAAGAAUACCAUAAAUGCUGGCUUUGUUGAUAUCAUUCUUCAUGAUUUUUCCUAGAUAUUUUCACCAAAAGAAAAAUUCUCACAAUUCUGAUAAGGAAGUGUUAUACCAGGACUUGACAGAGUUGGAGGUUAAGAGCUGGAAUCAUCAAAUCAAGUCUGCAAAAGAAUAGUCAGUGAAAAUAUUAGUGGUAUUAUUUUAGAUUACAAAUUAUUUUCCUUUCAAAUGUUACACUUACCUAGGUAUAUGCACAUUUGCUCAAUAGUUCAGGACCAUUGUAAUAGGCUAUUUAUUAUGUUGCCUUAGGGGAGGCUGAUUGUUCAUCAAUCUUAUUUUUCAGUCAAUUAGAAAGAAGAGGAAUAGAACUUGGAGAAACAAAGAUUAUAAUUGAAGCUUGCCCUAUCAAAGGAAAGAGGUCUGAACUUUUUUCUUAUCCAGGUUUAGGCAUGAGAUUUAAUGUCCUAAAUAGGUCUGAAGACCAAAAGGAUGACUCAAGCCCUCAUGAGAAAUUGAACAAAAUUGAGUUACUGGGAAUUUGAUUCUUCAGGAAUUAAGUACAAAUUAUGCAAAAUAAUGCAAAAUGUUGGACGUGAGACAUCUGCUAGAGGAAUGUUUUCUCCUCCAUACAUAAGUCAGGUAAUAGAGAUCAUCAUAAUCAUUACGACAACUUACAUGUGUAUUGGAUAGGAUAUAACCUAUAGACGAGAGAACAAGAGGCAGAUUGAUCUUCACUGGCUAACUGCAAUUAAAGUAAUGGCAAAAAAAUAAAAUCUGCAAGACUAAGGCUUUGACUAGGACAGGCACUUAGCAAAAGUGAGCUACAGUACAAUGUAUGUAUGAAGCCAUGUGAUACGAUUGAGCCACUUGUAGUGUUUAUUCUCUGGCUUUCAAAAAGUGUGACAGAUUAUCGUGGGUGUACAGCAUGUUAUGAAUUGCAUCACUCACCAAUCGUGUCAACGAGUGAAUUACACGCGCUUCAGAGCAUGUGGAAACUUGCGUGUAGUACAAAAAUUACAUGUGUGCAAUAGUCUACAGAGUACACACAAAUGAGUGUAUUGAAGUUAGUCGCAGGCAUUUCCGUGUACUCUCUCACGCAAAUGCUAUUGCUGUGGGAGUUUGUAUUCCACUCAAUGUGAUAAUCCCUAACUGAAUGCUUUCCUGCAACAGAAAAAAUGCGAAUUUGAUCAUUCAACCAUUAUUUGCUGAACAAUAUACCCUUCAUUUUAACGUACUUCUGCUUUUCACUCCCUUCAUGCAAAGGUUCAAAAUAAGCCUCUAACAUGGACCAAGCUUCCCUUACCAACCAUUUAAGAUUCUUCGGCAUGAUGAUCAAAAUAAUAUUUCGCGGGAGUAGUUGUUGCUUCCUUAAAGUUUGUCUGACAACUUUCAAUUUAUAAUGAUAUAUUUUUAUAUCAAAGUUUUUUUAACAUGAUAUACUUUUAGUUCAAAUUUGUGUAACACUGUAUUGUUAUUUUGUUUUUAAGCUUUGGGGAAGUUACUUUUGAAUCGUAGUACUCUAUGAUGUCUCAUUGAGUAUUAUUUAGAUUCUCUUUGAAAUCUUGAAUCAAGAAAAUCCUAAUUGGGAAGAUUUCCAAUUAUUCUAGAUAUGUAUGUGGAGCCAAAGGUCUUGUUACCAUGGAAAAGGAAUGGUCACCUAUGCCAGUCUCUUACCCUUACCAGUUGACUGUGAAAGUAUGGCAGCUUUUAAUUGAUUUACUAUUAUUUUCUGAAGAUUAUGCUUUUUUUUUAUUUCUAGUUGAGCCUUCAUUUCCAUCUACUUGUCGAGUGAACUUCUUAGAUGUUUUCAAAAUUUAACUCCACUUUAUACUGGCAGUGUUAUCCAUCAAAUUUUCAUUGGUUAUGAUAAUUCUUUGGGGUUUUCUUCAGUAAAAGGAAAUUAGGGAAAAUAAAUUUCUGUUCGUUGUUCAACUUCUAUGGAACUUUUUUUCCUUGUUCUAUAGGAUAUCCAUGUUCAUGAGUCCCAUGAGGAUGAUAAGAUACACACGAUUGAGGAACUUUUCCCCAUUGGCAGCCAGUGUUUCAUGUUAGCAUCCCCAUACUAUGGUUCCUCUGGUGAAGUGAUAGAAAUUGAUGUGAAACAGUCUCGCGUCAGAGUACAGCUUCAUGUGCCACCUCAACCUGACUUACAUUCUGUGAUUGAUAAAUAUAAGGUAGGAUUUCUCUGAGAAGGAGUAUGCUUAAAAAAAACCAACUACCUGUAUAUCUGCUAUUGGAAACUAUUUCCUAUAAGAUUUACUUCUUGCUGCAGAAUAAAAAUUCUAAAGAGUAAACUAAGUUUUCGAAAAGUAUCUUCUAUUGCGCUAAAAUUUUGACUGUGCUGGAAGUCAAUUUGAUAAAAACUCAGAAACCUAGCGGAUGCGGGGACUUACAUCGCAUUGCUCAUGAACAGCUGCAGCCCUCGUGAUCACCGAAAGAAAUAAUCAUUUUAACACCUGCAAGAAUUGAAAAAAUAGUUACACUAACACACCUUAAUGCUAAGGUCUAGAAAAAUAAACAGUGGCUGAACACAGGUAGAGUAAUUUUUGGUCGUCGCCACCACAUCCGAUUAAAACUAACAUCAUUUUAACACUUAUUUAAUUUUUUAUGAUCACAAAAACUAACAUAGGUUUUACGACAGUUGCUGAUGAUCUUAAAAUUUGUUUUGUUUAAGCCUGUUUAGGCCUUUGCCUACAAGCACCCACUAUUCUCUUGGGUUUUUCAAGCUGAGCCAGCUAAUGAAUCAUGGUGAGAUGAUGCCAAAAAACCUAUGAGACUAGGAAAUGCUUAAGGGCAAAAACAAAAGUCUUCACUAGCUGAGACAAAAGAAAUGCACAGAAAAAGUCUAUUACUUUUUCUCGAUGAUUGAAAAACCAGUGUUAAGGUGUGAUAUCACUAAAAGGAAAAGGAAAAAAGAGAAAAGACACAUCAAAAUGACAUGGUCUACAGUGGAUGUUGGUGGAGACAAGUGAGAACACAGGGAACCCCCUUUGGAUGUGUUAACAUCUUAGACAUACGAGAGAAAUUAAAAAUAAAUGUAUGAUGGCCAUCAAUAAAGCACUGAAUAAUCCAGUUUUGGUAGGAUGUAAAUGUGUAGUAAUAUCACAUGUUGCCGGCGAAUUUGACAUUCGUGUGCUACAUCUUUUGUUUUUAGGCUCUAUCGGUAAAUUACUUGCCAGCACAUGUGGCUGCCAAAAAGCUUGGUAUUACUACAAACUUGCUUUUAAGAAUAAGCGGGAGCUUUCUGAUUGAAAAUGAGUCCAGCAAAAGGUAAAUAACCAUGUCAGGACACUUUUUUUUUAAUGACUGCAAUGUUUUAAGUUAUAAGUUUAAGUCAUACAACAAAAACAGGAACAUGGUUGCUAUUUCUCCAGCCUAGAUCUGACAGCUUUUUUUUUUGUCAUCGUUAUCGUCAUUACUUUCCAUCACUCCAUUUCCUCGUAUGUUGGUUUUGAGGGCUGACUGUAAUUUGCGAUAAGAAACGAAAUCAAAUGGAAAUCUUUAAUUUGCAAAAUGAAGUCAAAAUUUGUAAAUUCUGAUAUAGAAAUAUUGGCCAUUCCUUUUUCCUUUCUCCAUUUUUCUUAGCAUUGAUUGUUUCAUUUUCCCGCUAGGCAUGAUAUUUUCAUUAGAAACAGCUUGCACACUCCUUUGGUCACGCAAAAUUUUCUGGUCAUGGAAGGUGUCGUGUCACGCAUUCGAAUUAUUCAUCAACUACGAACAGUGAUGAUUCUUUAUAAAUAGCUCAGCUUCAGUGCCAAGUAGUUUUUCAAAUUACAGUUUUGCAUUUUAUAGCAACAUGACGAAAUUUUUCACAUAACCGACGUAUUGAUUUCUUCUCCAGUGCAUUGAAGAUUUCGUAAGUACACUACAGAGAUUUCCAUAUUGCCCAAAAAGAGGAUUUAAUUCAUUUCGCAAAUUACAGAUUCUCAUUUCGUCUCGUUUCGUAGGCAAAUUACAGUAAGCUGAUUUGUGGUUAUGUAAAGUGUGAAUCGGAAAGUGAAAGGGAUGAAUUAUAUAACUGGUUACCAACUAAAAACCUUUAAAAGCAAGAGAUUAGAAGUACGAAGUUACGCCACUUGUAGUAUACCUUUGACUGAAGCUAUUGAAUGUACCUUAGCGUGGAUCACUUAUUAAUGUUGCACUUCACAACGUGUUCUUUUUUCUUUUUUGCCCUCAAGUUCUUCUGGUGGGACUACAAAGGUUGAUAUUGGACUCAACAUGAAAUUCAGUAAACAGAAUAGAGAGGUAAUUCCAACAAGGGCGUACUCAUUCGCGGAAUGUCAUAAGAAUAUGAAUCACCUUUAAAGGAAAUCCUUUUUUUUUUUUUUUUUUUUUUUUUUUUUUCUACUUUAUACUACUUUCAUCGUAAUUAACAGGCGAAAGAUCUAAUUUUGAUAAUUGGCUAAUCUAACCAAUAGAAUAAGAUGAAAUCUGUCUUGUCGUUAGGCUGUUUUUCAAGGAUGCUGGGUCUCACUCAAAGCUGUGAUGACAUAGUUUGUGCUUAAAAUCUUUAAGUUUAAGGAAGCAGCAGAAUGCAAAUCUUGGUAUAAAGUGUUCCACACCUCAACACCUUUGUAAGAGAACGUUCUUUUUAGUAAUUGGUGGGAGGAUGUGAAAGAGCCAAGUUGAUUUCGGAUUCCUGAAUCGCUAGAAAGUAACGCCAAUUUGAAAUACAAAAUUGGGGAGUCGUUCCACGUAAAGUAACAUCAUGUUCACUGCCUUCAGAUAUCAGAAUACGAGCUCCACGGUUUUGGUCAAUAUGCCCACCAUGCGAUUUCACAGAUGGAACCUGCAUCACUGGAUGGUCGUUUAACGUGAAAGAUGGAAUUUCUGAUAUAGUUUACAACCUUUAUUUCAACGCUAUGAACAUUAACUUGGUUUCGUCAUGUCGACGGUCCGUAUAUUAGCUGAUACCCAUGGGCACGCCCUAUUUAGAUUGUAGUAAGACAGCAAUCGAAACGUCUUAAAUAUGUAUUGGCAAAGGUUAGGCUGAUAUCGUCUGCAUACAAUCCAUGUUGUCAAAAAUGCAAGCAAUUUGGCAAGUCAUUAAUUAACAUACAGUAAGAACAGUUAAGUUCCUAAAAAAGUGCCCUAAGGGACUCAGUUUUGGAAUUAAUUUUCGGAAGGACGAUUGUUUGGAUAUGUUGUGGUUUAAUUUUAUCCUUGGUUCAAAUUUUCUUUUCUUUUGUUUUUGGGUAUUGUUAUGUAUGAUAAUGAGUUUGAAACAAAGGAAAAUAAACUUUGAACCAAGGAUAAAAUUAAACCACAACAGAUACAAAGUGAACCGUUUGUGUCAAGGGCCGCGAAAUCCGCAGUUUUAAUUGUUUUGUGGUUUAUAGUGCCAAAAACCUUUUUUUAAGGCCAAUACAACUACAGCAGAGACGCAACCACGAUCAAUGUUCAUUGCCCAACUGUCAAUAGCCUCCAGUAAAGCAGUUAUGGUGUAAUGUUAUGAAUGAAAACCAGAUUGGAAGCCGUAAAGAAGAAUGUGAUUGUCAGUGAGAUAGUGAUAUUGCUGGUCAUAAACGACGCGUUCAAAUAAUUUGGCCAAGAUGUGGAUUAUCGACAUGGGUUGAUAAUUUGUGAGGUCAUUUCGUUUAUCAGAAAUUUUGUACAUUAUUAAAGAAAGAGAUUUAACAAUUAAACCUGGGCAUUCUCAUAACAAUUUCGCCGAGAUUUUGUCUAAUCCAGUCGCCUUGUAAAGUUUCAAAAGGAGACAAAUGUGAAGAUGAAAUUUUUUCAAAGGUGAACUCUUUACUGUUGGAUUAUGUUACUUAAAAGUCGCACGAGCUUUUUACUUAAGCUUUUUGAUACGCUACCAAGCGUACAUUGUCUUGGUGAGAUCAUAAGAAUUCUUUUAGUUGAGCAAUUCUUUUUUCUAUCAGUAACUUUCAGUAGAGGAAAGAGUCAAGUCUGAUCUUAGGCCAUCUGGCUUACCCUACUCAAGCAUGCGGUGUGAACCAUGAGUUCUAUUGCUCUUUCCAGGUUCGGUGCUUUUCCAGCGCAUGGACUCCUACAGCAUUUUGUCAUAUUCCCCUCUCAGAUAAUAGCUUACAUUUGUUUUAUUUUCCUUUCUAGGCUCUUGGAUUUGCCAGGAGAACAGAAGGGGGAGAAUGGACUUUCUCUCCCGCAGCUCUGAAAAUAAUUUCUGGGUAUUUACACAAGUAGGUUCAUUAUUCUUCUGAUAUUUCAUUAUCUUCCCUGUAUACCUUUAUUUUGUUUAAUAGCACUUCAUAUUGAUAUUGGUAUAGUAGCAAUUGUUUUGGAAACUGAUGUGCUGUGUUGGUGCCCAAAGGUACCAAGUGUGAGUUACAGAAAAGGUCUCUCCAAAGGUUGCCCACUCUACCCAGCAUGGCUAAAGAGGAAAUUUGAAAUCAGAGUGAUUACUUUGAACGGUCGAUCAAAGGCCAAACAAACUUUAUGGCGAUAUAAAGGCAGCGUCUUUUGACUCUGGUACAAAACAGAAGAAUACCCUCCCUUAUUUAUUAAGCGUCAAACAAGUGACUAACAUUCUGCUCCUAUGUAUGCAAAAGAAGUUGAGUCACAUCUCUGUAUCAAGUACAAAAAGUGGCACUUGCCAGUCGUUGAAGGCAUUUGCACACGUUUUACAAUUACAAUCAUUGAUCUUAAUCUUCAGAUCCAUGCAUUGUUUGUAGACUUAGCAUACUAAUCAAUUACUCAUCCUCAAUGACGAUGGAUCUAUAAAACCAACCCUCUUUUGAUCACCCCACAGGUUAUGCGUUUAGUGCAAUAUAUCCUUUAUUACAUUCGUACUACUCCCUUUGUUGUUGCUGGUGCAUUGCCGAGUGAUUUCUUUUUGUUAGGUUUCCACAUCUUUUUGAAACUUUGGCUAAGAUGUCAUCGAACGAUCGGUGUUUUGCAAAGGACUUAGAAGUUGAUGAAAAGGGGUAAGCUUUACAAUUUAGAAGAGAAUUAAUUCAGUACGAGUAGAACAAAAAACAGCUGCGGAAAUUGACGUCAUGUUUGGCAGAACGAUGGAAAAUGCAUAUAGCCAAUAUUUCAAUAGCUGGAAUUGCCGUAGAACAGUGUUUCAUUACAAUAAAGAAAGAGUUUUUAAGCAUCAUGUGAUAAGUAAAUCAACGAAAGAAUUAAUGGCUUCCUUACAAAGCCAUAACAUGAGUUAGCUCGAAAAAUUGUUUUUGUAGCAGAGUAGAGGACAUCGCGACACUAGUAAGGAAUUCACAGAAAGCUGUGCAGAUGAAGAGAUAUCAGUCAAAUUUUCUUGCUGCAACUGAUGUUGGUUAUUUCGCUCUAAAACAGCCUUUGUUGAAAAGAUCGAGUUCAAGAAUUUAUAAAUUAGGUAACGGACAAGUAAUUUUAAAUGCUCACACGAUCCAGGAAAGGUUCGAAAUGAGUGGCGAAAUGUUUGUCGUGUGAUAAUGGCCAUGCGACAGCGAUUUGUUACUUAAACGAAAUGAUGUACCAAAAAAACUGUUUUUAUAUCUCACUAAGUACAAACGAAGGAUUCCUCAGUGGCUGCAAUAACUGGACGGGGUAAAAAAAGAACUGGUUCAUGCUUAGCGUGUGUACAUGUAUAUAUAAUUUUGGAUCCACGUGGGGAGUUUAGAGAGCACGAGGGGAGCGUAAGAGUUGCUCGAGGCCCGCUAAGCAUGAACCAAUUCUUUGAUACCACUAAGCCGCAGCAAUACGUCGCGGAAAGAAAGUAAUAUAUUGCUAAGUACCGCUCUAUUUUUCUGUUUUAAAACGAUAUUUAGCUUAGUGCAAGCGAUAACUUUUAAAGGGGUCAGCGAUAUUUUACGAUAGCUUUCCAUAAAUUAUCAAUUUAACUUUGCUUUGUUUUUGCACAAUUCGGUAAGUUAUUUAGCAAUAAGGCAAUGCAUUGCUUGCAGUGGUGUAAUGUAACAGUUGGUAUUUGCUAAUUUCGUAUUGCAUAAAUAUUUUGGAAGUAAACAAGAAAGAAUUGACUUGAAGUUUACGAUUUUGCAGGUCUGAACUGCUAUCAGAGGUUCACGACUGGCUGAAAACAAUACCUUCUCUCCAACUAGAGCCUGUGAAAUGUGGCAGUAUCAGUUUAGAUGAUCCAGUUGUAGAAGCGAUAGAACAGGCGGUGCUGAGUACCAAGGUAUAGAUAUAAUUGUGAAAGCAGUAUUGAAAGAGUUAUACACAGGCCUUUGGUCUUAUUGCCGAGCGUUUAAUCAUAGCUUAUCUUCAGUCAAGGAAGGUUCUCAGGUAGUCGGCUGAACAACUUUUUUUGGCAUGGUGUCAUUAUUAAACUUUAGGUUCCAUUGCCGUGCUACUCAUUUCAUUUCCUCAUCUAAAAUUGGAUUAAAACUGAAGUGACACUAAUGUCAAGAUGAUGUAGUACUGUGUAAGCAAGAAUGACUGUUGACCUUAGUGACUGAUAAAUUGUCCUGCUUAGGCAUAGUUUUCUGACACAGAUAGAAGUAGCAGGAAAAUGGUAGAAAUUCCUGGCAUGACAUCGGCAAUCCACUUUUCACAUCCAUAGUUUGGAAUAAUUAGAGCAACGGCCUUAUCCCAUUAUCCCAUGGGUGAUGGCUGUUCUGUUCCUGCAUGAUCUAUCUGCCAAAGGAGGUACUUCACUUUACAAGUUUGGCAUUUGCGCUGACGUGAUUUAUAAAAAUCUUCCUGCAUUGUUCUCCUGUUUCUUUUUUUAUUAUCCAUCUAUGGUGAUAUUUGUUUCAAAGAAGCUUCCGAGGAGCUAUGUGAUAUAUUCCCUAUUGCUAAUCACAUAGUUAACGCUGCUGCUUGGAGCAGAUCAUUUACCAUAACUUUGUUAGAAAUUACUGAUUUACAAGAUGAUAAAACAUAUAUUUCCAUAUGGCCAUCUGAGGUUGAAGAGAGGAAGGAGAAGGCCACGUAAGAUGGAACGAUUGCACAUCAAGUUUACUUUUGGGUGUUUGCUUUAGACUUGUAUCCAAAUUUGUCAAGUUAAAUAACGUGAUUUUUUUACAAGCAUUAUCUCCUGGCGAUGACCUACGUUUGGUUUCCCUAUCCGAUCUCAAACGUUUAGUGAACAGGUACUCUAACACUUAGAGAUUGCUAUAGAUAUCAACAAUGUUUUCUUCUUUAAUCAUAAGGCAUUGAACCACAAACCCAAGGCAGUUAAAGUACGUGUGCGGCCUCACCUCCUCUUUAAAGUAAGUUGCCAAGCCUUAACUAUUCUUUUCGAAAGGAAACGUUCACGUACGAUUGUGUUGUGGAUACUUAAAGUUGGUUUCACUAAAAGUAGUGACUUCAUUCAGAUACUUUUCAACUCUUAGCGGUAGUUACAAUGUCGCCACAAGGUUUUGCAGGAUAACUGAAGUGAAAUCAACCAGUUCCAUUUCAGGAAGCGAAAUGAUUUCAACUAUUUUCAGUCGUUCCAAUCAGUGCCAAGGAUCAAAGUGAGCAAUAGUGACAAAGAACUUAGAUGUAGUUCAUUGCUCAUUUCCUUAAAUAAGAUUUGUCAGUUUUGUGUAAUUGGCCUUGCUAACAGCACCUAUUUCUUCCUUCUACUUUGAGAGCUUUUUCAGUUUAAAGGUGUUAUUCCCAUUUUCUCCUAAUUCCCAUAUUUUUGGCAGAAAUACCGUAAAAUCCUUACUAGCAAUGAUAGCGCUUUAAUUUCAAAAAAAUAACUCGGCCUUUUUGAGAUAUGAUUUCCUUUUUUAACCGUCUUCCAUUACUGACUGAAUCAUGUUUCAGUCAAGUUUCAUGGAGAGAGAGUCAUUUACUUACGAGUGUUAUAUUGCAUGGUGUGAACCCAGCUGACUUACUUUCAAGUGUGAAUUUGCGGAGUGUGAACCCAACGAUUGUAAUUUUAUUUGCAGAAUUUUCUACCGACCUUUCUUUUAAAGAAAAAACUCUCCCACUCUUUACUUAAUUUAGUAUCUGUGUUCACACAAUAAGACUUGUAGGUGAGUGACGUCCAACCAGCUCUUUUAUUGAAAUUCGACCGUUAAAUAUUUUGGUAUUGGAAGAUGAUUUAAUUGGGAAAUAAUGGUUGAAAACAAAAACGGUCCUUUUGUCUACGUUGAGGCUAGGCAUAUAUUGUCAAAAAUAUAAUCAGAACUUAGCUAGACUGAGAACAUCUUUAAAUCUCUAUAACGCUGGGGCAUUCUUUUAUAUUUUUUGUUCCAGACAAGUUUUUGCGUUUUGUUAAUUUUUGUUUUCUUUGUUUGUGCGUUUUUUACUCAAAAGACAGUUUAAUUCCAUGACUCAUUGUUCUCCCGCAGCCAUCUGGCCAUCAGGGAGCUGUUCUCCCUGAUAAAGAUGCAACAUUUGAGCUAUUCGACCGAGUAGUCAAUGUCAAACUGAAUGUUGCUGUUCCAUUUGGACUAAGGGGAACUAUUAUUGGAAUCCAUGAGGGUAGGAGCAGCUUCGUUGGUGGUUUUUCGGUUUUAAGACUUUUUUGUAAGCUUUAUAUGUAUCACUCUUUAAAUGCCGGACCGAAAGAUUUAAAAAAUCUUUCUUUCCAACAAUGGCGUCUAACGCCCAGUUCUUGUAGUCAAGCAAACCUAAGCGUUUUUCAUUGGUAUAUAACUACUGACUCUUGUAAUUCCCAGUCCUCUUAGACUUUUAAUUUUAAAGUCAAAUGUAAGAUUGUCGUAUUUUUUAAAUAUUUAAAGUAUACUUGUAAAUUCACAUGUAUUUCACCACUGGGGUGCUAUUUUUGAAUACUUUUAAUAAACCCUUCUUCUAUAGUUUAAUUCCAUCUCGAAUUUUUGUGUUAUUAGCCCCCAACUCAUCAGAUGUUCUGUAUGAAGUUAUAUUUGAUGAACCAUUCCUCGGUGGAUUAGCACUAAGGUAGGAAACUACUUUUGCUGAAUGAGGCAAUUUCGCAGCCUCCCGUACAAAACUAUCAACUUUUAUUGAAAACUAAGAAUUAUUACAAUAACUGUGGAGUUGAAAUGUGAAAUCCCUAACUCAGCAUUUAGAGAGAUGCACUCAAAGUUUACUUUGUCUUGUUAUUAAUGUUUAUGUACUCGUUUUUUUUCUGCAGAUGUUCAUCCAAAAAUGUGUUCUUGCUUGAAGCUCUGGCACUUAUCAAUAUCAGUUAUGGUGAACGAUGUGAAGCGAAGAAAGUUGAAGGAAGAUCAGUUGGCAAUAGUUCAUUUGGCACAAACCUCGCCAGCUCCCCUCAGCUGAACAAGGAGAGCAAAGGUAGUCAAUCCAAAUCAGGAGACAGCAGGCUAGAUUCUCCAGGUGUGUAGUAUUGUAAUGAAAUAGCAUCAACUUCAAACACAGAAUGUAAUUUAAUUAGAUUUGUUUUUUUUUUAAAGGAGCCCCUGAUUACUCAAAUGCCCGCAGCAAUCAGCGCACCAUACCUCAGCGUAACGAGUCUUCGAAAUCAGCUACUGUCAGCACAAAACUAAGAACACCGGAGAUUCAAGGCAGUGGGUCCUCUCAAGCCCAGGUUAACAUUAGUACAAGAAUUGACAGGUCAGUAUGUUUAUUUGAAAUCAUACGUAAUCAAAUUUUGAACCGAAAUACACAAAAACGAGGGAGACUACGUUAAUUAAAGCGAAGUAGAUACACAUUUUUGAAGUCGAAAACUACAAAUGAAUGGAGGUGUCACCUUGAAGUUUAAGUUUUUGUAAAUGGCUUAUAGAUGUAACCAAUAUCGAGUCCCAUUUUAGGUCCAUUCCGUUUCCUUGUUAUUGAGUUCUAGAGAUUGAAAAUCUGCUCUUACAAAGAGGAGUGCUCGAAUUGAAUAAAUUGACUUGUUUAUGAUACUAUUACUUAAAAUGUUGGUAAUCGGUAGUUACACGCCUUAUGUAUAUCGAUGAAAUAGCAUAUUAAAAUGGAAAAAAAAGUAGACCAUUGCGUCCGUUUAAGGACGUUAACGCCAUGUCCUUGGGCAACUAAUAAAUGAUUCGCAGCGCCACUAUAAAGCCUCUCCAGGAACUGGAUUGUGCCAGGGUUGCAACAGGAACCCCACAGUAUGAAUACAAAGUGACCUAGGAAUUCCUAGGAAAAAAGAUCCUGACGAACGCUUAGAGGGAGUAAUCUGAUCUGUUCUGAGCAAUCUGAUCUGUUCAGUGAGAGUGCGGAAGCCAAAUCAGUUUCUCGUCAAACGUCUUCCUUAGCAGGCGUGACUUAGUCACCGAUUAAAUGACAGAGUUUCAAGGGAGGAUUGAAGAAAUAUAAUUAACAUUACUUCUGUUUUAUUUAUCUUUAGUUAGCAGUUUUCUCUGAGAAUAAAUGUGGUGGAAAAAUUGGAGACUCGCCACCUUAGUAAUAUUUAGCAACCAACAUGACCGCCUUUCUCCUGUCACAACGUAAUUGACGUUUUCUUUUUAUCGCAGGCCUGUUAAUGAGAGGAAUACACAAAACGUAACACCUCCUGGAAUUCAAAAGGUAGCAGUGUUCAAGUCAGACAUAGCGUAAAUUAUGCGACAGAUACCUGGCAUGGUUUCUUAUUACUAUUUCAUGCAUUCUAUCAGGAAACAGAGGAAUAUGCGGUCCUUCGAGGGGAGGUUUACUUAUCAAGUGAUAUUGGACUGACUGAGCUAGUUUCCAAAGAAAGAAAGAAGGAAUUUUCAUUGUGUUCCUACAUAAAAUUAUGUACCUCUUUCCUUUUAAUCGCCAGGUCGCUGGCGUCUUAACGAAUCAGUCCAGUAAUAGUCCAAGCGAAUUUGCUGACAUGUGGAAAGAACUUAAACUAAAAGAAAAUAGUCAUGGUGCCUUCGAAAUCCCUGGGGACACCCCUGAACAUAAGAGCAACGACAAAGGCCAGGAUACGAGAGAAAGCGAAGUGCUGAUCAAGGUCUGCGACUGAACUGUACAAGUACCUUAAAUACUAUUCGAUGUUAGUUAGCUUUAGUUAAGGAAAAUUCCGAGUACCUAAAGGUGAAUAAUUCAAUAUAACAUGACAAUGUUUAUUCGGUAUCAAGCGGACUUGCUAACGUAAGGUGAAAUGCACGUUAUCCUGAACCAUGAAGUGUGUUCCUUUCUUAAUGAAGCUUUCAUUUGGCAUGAGUAUAUUUAUGCGCGUACUUUGCAAAUUAUAAAGACACCCCCCCUUCCCCCGCCUGCUAGCAGAGUUCGAAUGCAUGGACUCUUUAAACUGUAAUCUUCAUUCCAACGUAAAAGGAAUAGGUUGUCCGCUAUAUUCUCAUGAAAUUGUGUUCUUAUUUCUGAACUGUAAGCUAUAUGGUGUUAUUUGAUUCAGGGUCAUUUAUCUUAAACCAAAACAAUAAAACUUAACCUACAUACAAUAAUUCGCUUAUUAGCCUUCCCGUGCCGUGCAUCUUCAUGGGAUGUUCAAUGGGAUAGUCGUAUUAAGUAAAAUUUUUCAUUAACAUUGUGUCACUCCCUUUUUGCCGUUUUUUGUUUUGUUUUGUUUUGUUUCCUUUACAGGAAGGAACAAAGGCUCUUCGUGAACUCCUUCAGAUUGGCAAGGCGCCAAAACCCAAGAUGGACCAGCAACCAAACAGACCUGAACAAAAAGGCCUCGCGGGUAAACAUCUGACCGUGGAUGAACUCUUUCGCAGUCACGGUGAGAUCACAUUCUUAAACCACAGUAUUACAUGUUACCCCCGGGUUCAAACCAUUUACUGUAUUACGUUCACUUGGACGACAGGGCGAAAGACUUGCGAAUUCACUUGACUCUGAUGAUGACUUCCGCACAGGUUGUCGAAACGUCAGUCACCACGACCGACAACAGUCCCUCUCAGUCCCCCGGGUUCAAACCAUUUACUGUAUCACAUUCAUUGUUAAACUCGGAAGAACGUGAACUCCUGAAACAAGAUCAUAAAACGGAAACAAACUACAAAAUAUUAACUUUCACUAACUGCAGUAUCUCGCGUCUGAUUUUCUUCUUCCUCUUGACGCAUAAACAAUCUAAAUUUUUAAGUGUCCACGGUUUUGUGAGUUUGACAAAAAAAUUUGAUACCCCUUUCCGUCGACUUUGGCUGACAUGAAGCGUCAAUGGUACAAAGGCAAAUACUGAGUGAUCAAAAUUACUGUGGCUCUAAGAUUUUUCUACAUUAGACAUUUAGAUUCUUAGUUGACCAAUUGAUUGCGCGUUCGACAUAUUCCCGUAGAGAGAAAAAGUACGCGCGCGCGAAUAUGCUGGACGGAGUAACACAACAGUCCUCAUUAUCGGAAAAGUGUUGAUGAAAAUAGCGCAACACGUUCGCGUUUUUUCAGUUUAUAAUCAGGAAAGAGCUCAAUGUCAUCCACAAACAAUAGCUGUGCCACCCUUUUUACUCCUAAGGAGUAAAAUGAAGCUUUGCGAGAUGUAAAUGUUGUCAGUAUUUCGCUUAAGUCUUCAUCUCAAAUCUCGCAUUUGUAGUUGAACUCAUCGAAGAAUAUGAAAGUGUCUCAUGUUUGAAAAGUUCCUGAAAGUUUGAUAUGAUUUACUUAUCACUUUUCACCAAAUAGGGCCAGUUUACUGACGUGACCAGCUACGGUGUUUUCCGUUGAAACAAAAGAAAGAAUUUACUCUAAAAAAGAGUUGAACUUCCACAAUACUAAUUUGGACUAGUAUGUACUAAAGCGGUGGAUAGCUUUGAAGGCGCGCUCUGAUUGGCUACUCAAAUUCCGAGUAUCCUUUACUUUUGACUUGAGAACAUCGUCCGCGGGAUUUGCGCCGAAAAGAUUGUAUUUGUUGCAGGAAUAAAUAAGCAUAAAGUCAUCCAUCAAAAUGGCCGACUUUUCAUUAUUUAGAAACACCUGUAUGGCUGCCGUGGCGUCAUGUGAAAACACUCUUUAGAAUGGAAGCAACUUCAUCCAUCCUUUUGUGCCAGCCUGGUGUAUUAAGAGAUCAACAGCCUCGCAAAGAUUGAGCUUAGGUGUUUUUGUAGUAGACCUUAAAACUACGCACAAAAAGUUUCACUCGAAAAAUCAUUUUCUAAAAUUUAUUAAUUGUGAGAAUGUUCCUUACUUACUUCAGUGAGAAACCAACUUUCCGUAGGAAAUAUCAUAUUGGCGAACUAAACUGAUGAGCUUAGAUGUAAUGCUUUCAAGAAGUUGAGUAUAGAUGUAUUAUUUUCAUUUCAAUACUUUUCAUUUGUCUUAAGGCUCUGCCCAAGGAACUAUGGAACAGUUUCCUCCGACAACCUUACCGUACCACUCGGGGUAAGUUUUCUUAUGUUAGUGUGAGUCUACCACAAGUGUUGUAUUGUGCAAUGCCAAGGAUGCCAUACGUACAGUUCGUAUGUGAGUCUGCUUUUGAAGUCUUUGUCAUAUGUUUUCCUGAGUAUUUUUGUUCCCUCUAAAACGAAAGCAAUGGCCAUGUGAUGUUCUUAAGUUUAAAUGUUAAUUAAAACCAUCAGUAGAUGUAAAACUUCCCGACGAGAAUAACAACACAAUAGGGAAUAUCACAAUCCUGCUACCAAUCAGUGCUAAGAACAUUAAACAAAAGGUUCUCCCUUUUUCUGCCACUUGAAAGAUUGAAAAUUUUAAUGUUCAAUCUUUCAAGUGGCAGAAAGUUGAAAAGAGAAGAAGCAUUUAGCCUAUUUUUUGCAAAGCCAGCAACAAACCUUUUAACUUUCUGCGUCAAGAAUUGAUCAUUAUCAGCUAAGAAAGACACUGAUCAUGCUAGAUGUUACUAAUCAUCCACCUGAGUUGAUUUCGUCAUCACACUGGAACAAAUUAGAGACUUACCUGUAUUUUCUUUGUUUUACUAAAAUUUCAGAAGUUCACCGUCAUUAGCCUUAUUUACUUGGUGUCAGUUAUCUGGUCUUCCACCUCCCUGUUAUCACCAUACUCCAUCAGUUGAGGUUUGCUUGCUUUAUUUAACGCAUGCAGUAGUUACGCUAAUUUAUGUUUAAGUAUAACGGCAAGGUGUAUUUGUUAAUUAUAUCUUUGUCCUAACAAGAAUGAUAUUCCUUUACUAUAAUCGUUAACUCUCUUUACUAUUUUAUUCCUCGUGAGAAAGUACCCGCUUUAAUGUGAUUAUGAUUUUAAAUGGCACAGCACGUUAUGUAAAAUUCCGAGUUAAACAAGCAUUCGGUUUUAAAAUACUCGAUGAAAGAUUUUUGAAAUUUGCCAAAAAUUGCCCAUCUUUUGACCGUUGUCAACACGCUGUCUGCUAAUGUUGUGGGUGUAAAGGAAAUAGGAGAGAAAUCCUGAGCUUCUCGUUAAUAGAAUACCUCAUUGUGCUAAAACUUAUUUCAGGGUGUAAGUGCCAUUGUCGAGUUGGCCAACGGGUUUAAAUUUGUCGGCAGUGUGUGUCGCAAUCCCUUCGAAGCCAUGGAUAGUGCAGCAUCUGUCGCACUGUUUCAAUUGGUGAGUACUACUGAGGAGCACUUAAAUCUCGUUCCGACACGAGAAAUACUAGUCUGUAACCUUAUGCUUUAUAAUUAAUACUAUGAGGUUAUGAGGAUCUAGCCUGCGUAUAAAGUGAUACGGUGAUUCCUCAGUACUACAUUGCGCAUCCUCUGCUGCGCGCAACAUCACCCGUGACCCCUUGCAAAGAGCACGGGCGCAUUUGUAUAACUUGACGGGCUUUCUCAAUCUAUGGACGACCUUAAUAGGGCCCGGUGACCUUAUCUUUUAUUAUAUAUAUUUAUGUAAAAACGAUCUCCGCAAGGAAAAACAACUAUGAAGUUUAAAUUGAUAGAAACGAAGAAAGAUGUAAUUCAAAGCGUGCACAAAGCCGUAACUCGAGGUUCCCUUCCUUACUGCCUCUGAUUCCCUUGGUAUGACGUUUAACAUACUUUGUCGUCAAUACUUAACUUAGCUUAUGUUUCAGCCACGAAUCAUGCCGAACAUUCCAGGGCCCCGAAACCUUGUUAUGCAGCAUCAAUUUUCUCCAGUCGUGUUUCCAUCGCUACCCAAUCCCGUAACGCCUCAAAGUUUUGCUGGCCUUGCACCUUUGCCCUUUCAAAAAACUGUACGCCAACUAUCACCUCAGUCUCAACCUUGGGCAGUACGCACGAGGAGUCAAGAUCAACCCAACAGGGAGGGUCCUCAGUCUGCUCAGCAAAGAACAAGUGCGACUCUGAACAGUUCGGCAGUGCCUUUCAUUCCAUUGCAGGUGUGUUAUUUACUUGACGUCAUACCUUAGGAAGAUGUAAUUUAGGAAGCAACUUGUGUUUAUGUUUCCGCCUAAGAAGUCUUGUUCCACUUCGCCGUAUCCUUCGUUGAAUUUGGGUAUAUCUUUAAAGAAGUGUGUUGGUUUGAUGGCAUGGACUAGUACUUCUUAGUAAUCUUUUUUUUUUCUUCUUUUUCGGGUAAUGGAGGCAUCUUGUUGUGGCUUUCAUUUCGGAAUCGAAAAUAACAAUUUCUAAUGGCGUCAAGGCAGCUAUACUUGUUGACCAAAACAUUACAACUGCCGCUAUAUUGGUCUUCAAGGUCAGUCGUGAGGGAUUUAAACUAUAAUCUCAUGUGAACACUUUUUAUUCCAGUACGUGUUUGUUUGUGUUUUCCGACUAUUAUUUAUUUGUAAUUGUAGAAAGUAUUCUUUUGCUUCGUUUAUUUCAGGUUUCCAGGAGGAGUUCUUCACGUUCACAAUCGUCACCAAUGACAUCGCAAGAGACGGCAGUCAAGGAGACUUCAGAACUUUCUCAACUGAAUGAAAGUCGACAGAAAGAGCAGAGUCAAGACUUUGAGUAUCAAGAGACUGGCGAAAUUUUCCCCAGAAAUUUGUGUUCAGAAUCAUCAGCAAACAACGUUUCGGCUCAGUCAGAUGCGUCGGAAACGAAUUCUCUGUCAGUGGACAAAACAGAGAGAGCUGGCAUCCCCCCUAAAAAAAUGCCAAUUUCAUCCAAAAGGUUGUUGGCUCCUAGUUUCUUCUCGAAAAAGAGCUAACUGUUUUGAGUUAUUCGGCGUAUUCGACUUUUCCUUAUGUGCAAUCCGCCUAUCAAAGGAAUGGUGGCUGUGAACAGUUCUCAGGAAUCUUUCUCCGUUCAAUGACAACCGUGACAAGGAUUCAUCGUCUUGCAAGGUGGCAGGUUUGUCACACUGCAGUGUUGUUCCGUUCUCGAAUAUUAGAUGGCACAUAAGAGACAUUAGGCCUUCAAUGUCGCGGCUUUCAGAAUUCAUGAAUUUUUGUGACACAGUUAAAACAAUCUGCAUCGUCCGUGUACCCUGAUAAAAUGCGCGAUUUUAGUCUAGGUAUAUGAUAUAAUAUUCUGCUUAGUAGAAAAGACCAUCGGUGAUGGUUUUCAGUUUUUAAAUGACUUUUUAAAUGGAUGAUGGUUGUAUUAGAAAUUCUUACCCAUACAAGCAUUCUUUACGUCAACUUGUUACGUAUGUAGCUUAAAGAAGUGGAUAAAAUGAGCAGCUUUUAAUUUCCUCUUGGGGUGUUUAGUUGGUGUGGUUAAGCAGGGAGGGAAGCUAUUCCUUCAGCCGGAAUGUUUCCCAAUGGAUGAAAUAGCUAUUCGUUUUCUGAAUGUUUUCUCUCAAAUUUCAUUUCUUGGUUGAUUUUGAUUAAGAAGUAAACCAAAAUCAAGCAUCAUCACGCUGAAUUUUCGAGUGUUCUCCCAACCUCCCAAGUGUUUACAUCAGGCUAUGUAAACAAGGAAACCAUUUUACAUUUCUUUUAUAAAAUAACUAAUGAAAGAUGAACGAAAACCGUGUUUACAUACGCUCAUGUAAAAUGGUUUUAUGGCCAAUCAGAGCGCGCGUACUAUUUGAAUUGUUUUAUAAAUUUAUAUAGCGCCAUCUUCCGUUAAUUGUCCAUGGCGCUUUAAAAAACUCUAAAAACCGUAAAAAUUAAAAUCCUGAGAAUUAAAUACACUAUAACUACAAGUAAAAACUACAAAUUAAAUGCACGCUUAAAAAGAUAAGUCUUAAGAUUAGCCUUAAAAACUGCCUCUGAUAAUGAAAGCCUGAUCUGGAGUGGUAGUUAAUUCCAGAGCCUUGGUGCCGUCACGGAUAAAGCCCUUUCACUAUACGUUUUAAGAUUCGCUCUAGGCUCAUCAAGCAACCUGUUGUUUGAAGAUCUUAGUGUACGACGAGAGUCAUUAUACUUCAAUAGGUCUUUAAUGUAAUCGGAGGCCAGUCCAUUCAGAGCUUUGUAAGUCAGCAACAGUAUUUUAAAAACUAUCCUAUAAUGAACUGGCAGCCAAUGUAAGCUCCUUAGUAUUGGUGUGAUAUGUUCCUGCCUACUAGUCAAGGUAACAAGGCGAGCUGCCGAGUUCUGUAAAAGCUGAAUUCUUUUAAUCAGAUACUUCGGGAGACCAUACAGUGUGGCAUUACACUAGUCCAAACGCGAUGUUCUGUAAGCGUGAACAAUAGCCUCGGUAGUACUCUGGGAUAGGUAUCGCCUAAUUUUAGCUAUACUGCGAAUACGGAAAAAUGCGCUCUUGCAGGUUAUUUUAACGUGUCCUUUGAAAUCUAAAUAUUGAUCCAAUCCAACUCCUAAGUUCCUGGCCUGUUUACUAGACUUGAUUACUUCUUCGCCGACUCGUAUAUAGUCGAGGGGUGGUCGUGGACGAUAAUUAGAACUAGUAAGCAAAAGUUCAUUCUUAUCCUGAUUUAACUUGAGUUUGUUGCGCAGCAUCCAGUUACCAAUUUCCUUAACACAUAGCUCUACUGCCAUCUUUGUGCUGGAUAGAUGAUUCGGACAGUUGGAAGUAAACGACUCUUGAUUUUUUUUUAUAAUUCUAGCCUAUUUCUCGCUUGCAAACGAUAGAAAAAGUCUCAAUAUAACGGUAGUGGGUGGAGCAACAGAAUUUCGUUGUGGAACACGAACAGUGGGUUCCCGUUUUUCGAGCCUCCAUGGGAAAUGAAAAUCAGUUGGAGUAAUUGGGUUGACUGUUGGAAGGGG